AUGUCAUUGGUGUAUUUCCUUCCUGUUGCCCUCUUGUCUGCUUUCUCAUCAUCUCCCUAUUUGCUCCUUUUCCAUUGUCUUUUCUCUCUUUUGCUGCCUUUCCUUAGUCCUCUCCUUUCUUUUGCUGCCUUUCCUUUGUCCUCUCUCACUCUCUUUUGCUGCCUUUCCUUUGUCCUCUCUCACUCUCUUUUGCUGCCUUUCCUUUGUCCUCUCUCACUGUCUUUUGCUCCCUUUCCUUUGUCCUCUCUCACUGUCUUUUUGCUCCCUUUCCUUUGUCCUCUCUCACUGUCUUUUGCUCCCUUGCCUCCCUUCUUUUGCUUUUUCCUUUGUCCUCUCUCACUGUCUUUUGCUCCCUUUCCUUUGUCCUCUCUCACUGUCUUUUGCUCCCUUUCCUUUGUCCUCUCUCACUGUCUUUUGCUCCCUUUCCUUUGUCCUCUCUCACUGUCUUUUGCUCCCUUUCCUUUGUCCUCUCUCACUGUCUUUUGCUCCCUUUCCUUUGUCCUCUCUCACUGUCUUUUGCUCCCUUUCCUUUGUCCUCUCUCACUGUCUUUUGCUCCCUUUCCUUUGUCCUCUCUCACUGUCUUUUGCUCCCUUCCUUUGUCCCACUGUCUUUUUGCUCCCUUUCCUUUGUCCUCUCUCACUGUCUUUUGCUCCCUUUCCUUUGUCCUCUCUCACUGUCUUUUGCUCCCUUUCCUUUGUCCUCUCUCACUGUCUUUUUGCUCCCUUUCCUUUGUCCUCUCUCACUGUCUUUUGCUCCCUUUCUUUGUCCUCUCUCACUGUCUUUUGCUCCCUUUCCUUUGUCCUCUCUCACUGUCUUUUGCUCCCUUUCCUUUGUCCUCUCUCACUGUCUUUUGCUCCCUUUCCUUUGUCCUCUCUCACUGUCUUUUGCUCCCUUUCCUUUGUCCUCUCUCACUGUCUUUUUGCUCCCUUUCCUUUGUCCUCUCUCACUGUCUUUUUGCUCCCCCUUUCCUUUGUCCUCUCUCACUGUCUUUUGCUCCCUUUCCUUUGUCCUCUCUCACUGUCUUUUGCUCCCUUUCCUUUGUCCUCUCUCACUGUCUUUUGCUCCUUUCUGAUCAUAAUUUAUCAGCAUAUAUAACAGUUGAGCCAGAGGUUUGA